AUGAACCCCGACACUGGGAUUGUUCAGCGCUUUCGGGCCUUCAUGUCGCGCGCCCCUCUUCUUCCCUCGUCGCCCAUCCUGGGUGCUUCCUCUUAUGGAUCAUUGGGUAGCUCAAACGACUCAGAAGAUGGUAUCUCAAUUCCGCGUGGUCAGACCGUUCGUGAGGAUCUACAACGCGCGAGCUUCGAAAAUGACAUUGGAGGUUCUUCCAACGUACCAGUGUCCACCCCGAGACGAUCACAUUCCGCUGUCAGGCGACGAAACAGCCUGUACGCAGAGAGAAAUCGUCGGCCUUCAUCCGCCGUGUCCGAUGUGGGAAUGGGCCCUGAUUCGAAAUACUCGUUUGCCACCGGAUUGGCAGUACCGGGCAACCCGGUGAUGCAGGAGACACCGGCGUCUUCGCCAUACAUGACAAGUGAUGAUGAAAGUGUCCUCGACAUUGAUGAUGAUGAUUCGAAAUCCUCGAGUGAGGAUCCUCCAGACAAUUCGCCAUAUGCCCAAGUUCGAGCCUCAGUUCCGGCGACAGAUAAUAUAUCUCUUUCUAUAAACACACCUCGGAUGUGGAUUCUUUCUUUGUUAUUCUCUUUGACAGGGUCCGCCGCCAAUCUCUUCUUUUCUUUGCGCUAUCCCAGUGUUUCCAUUACCCCAAUCAUUGCUCUUGUUCUAGUCCAUCCACUGGGGAAAUUCUGGGAUAUUCUUUUCAAGCAAACAGGUGACCCUCUCGAAGUUUUUGAGAACGGAUCCCUUCAUCACCGAGAAUUACAAUCCGGUGACAUCGAUGCUCCUCCUGUUCCAUUGGCGUCCCGAGUCAGACUUUGGUUUGCCCAGGGCCGUUGGAACGAGAAGGAGCAUGCCUGUGUCUACAUUAGCAGCAAUGUAUCCUUUGGAUUUGCCUUCGCGACCGACGUUAUUGUCGAGCAACAUAAAUUUUACAACCAGGAUGUUCCAAUCAUCUAUCAACUGCUACUCAUCGUAUCCACUCAGGUUUUGGGAUAUGCAUUCGCGGGUCUAACACGACGAUUCCUCGUGCGGCCAUCGGCUAUGAUCUGGCCGGGAACUCUGAUGUCCACUGCAAUGUUCUCGACAAUGCACAAGUCUGUCAACAAAAGGGCAAAUGGGUGGAGUAUCUCUCGAUAUAAAUUCUUCGUGGUUGUGUGGGGAGGCGCAUUUCUCUGGUAUUUUGUUCCGGGAUUGUUGAUGCCUGCUCUAAGUUAUUUUAAUGUGAUAACUUGGCUGGCACCCAAAAAUGUGGUGAUUUCGAACUUGUUUGGUGUUGCCUCUGGUCUUGGCAUGUUCCCCCUGACCUUCGAUUGGGCUCAGAUUGCCUACAUUGGCUCCCCAUUACUCACGCCUUGGUGGGCCGCAGCCAAUAUCGUGACGGGACUGGUGGUUGUCAUCUGGAUAGCCGCCCCGAUACUUUAUUAUAAAAAUGUUCUUUUCUCUGCAUAUAUGCCCAUUGUUUCAACAGCUGUAUUCGAUAAUGGUGGGCGACCAUACAAUGUGAGCCGAAUCUUGACCGCAGACUUCUUGUUCGAUGAACAGGCCUACCAGGAUUACUCCCCAGUCUAUCUCCCAAUCACCUAUGUGCUAUCUUACGGUGUUCAGUUUGCUGCUUUGACAUCUCUUGUCACUCACACCAUUUGCUGGUAUGGGAAGGACAUAUUGCAUCAGACUAGAAAGGCAUUUGAGGACAGACGAGAAGUCACGGGCUUGGAGACUUACCAGCCCCUUCGUGGAAGCAAUGAGACGGUUCGACAGAGUUGUGAACCCCCAAGGGUUAUCCCGCAUGAACCGAACCAGGAAAUUCCAUUGACGGGGGAAGAUGUUCAUUGUCGCUUGAUGAGGCGCUACAAGGACGCUCCCCUCACGUGGUAUCUCAUAGUGUUCAUUUCUAUGCUUGCCAUAGCCAUUUUCACGGUGGAAUAUUACCCAACGCACCUGCCUUGGUAUGGGCUACUCUUGGCUCUUGGUAUCACUUCCGUGUUUUUCAUCCCAGUGGGUAUCAUCAUGGCUGUCACCAAUCAACACAGUAGCCUCUAUCUGAUCUGUCAGCUCCUUUGCGGUAUCGUAUUUCCAGGAAGGCCUGUGGCGAACAUGAUUUUCGUGACCUACUCAUAUAUCAGCUCUGCACAAGGGAUCAAAUUUUCCUCGGACCUCAAACUUGGCCAUUACAUGAAGAUCCCACCACGAAUUCUGUUUGGCGUCCAGAUGAUGGCGACUUUGAUCUCGAGUCUGACCCAAAUUGGUGUGCUGAACUGGAUGUUCACUUUUGUCCCGGGAAUUUGCACCCCGGAGGCCAUCAAUGGGUUCAAUUGCCCCAUUGCUCGAGUACAUUUCAAUGGCAGUAUUCUCUGGGGGGUCGUUGGCCCCCAGCGCUUCUUUGGCCCAGGAGGGCUCUACCGUCCGCUUGUCUGGGCCUUUUUAGUGGGAGCCGUCGCUCCUCUAGGAGCAUGGAUUCUGGGGAGACACAGCAAGAAGAGCUUCUGGCGUAUGGUCAACUUCCCCAUCUUGUUUGGCAGUCUGAGCUGGAUACCACCUGCAACCGGGCUCAACUUUUCCAUCUGGGCCCUUGUAUGCUUUGUGUUUAAUUAUGUGAUCCGCCGAAGAAAGACCGCGUGGUGGGAGAAAUAUGCGAUGACCUUGUCGGCCGCAUUGGAUUCUGGAUUGGCAUUUGCAGUCGUCGUUGUCUUCUUCGUCUUCAUUUACCCUGGCUGGGUCGAUGGUUUCAAAUGUCACAUCGCCUCCUACCACUCGUGCAACUCUGUUUUGCACGUCGACAACAUGUCAACCCCAACGAAUCCCUCGAACGCUCGUACUCCAACUGGACCAAAUGGUGCACCGCUGAUGAGGAUGCGUCGUCCAAAGGCAGCAGAUCCUUUGGUUAGACCGAAGAGAAGGCCUGUCCCCAAGCCAGCUGGCGCCACUCCCGUCGGCAAUAGAACAGCCACUAAGACUCUUCCCUCACGCCCGUCCCACCCUCAAGCAAUCUUUCCAUCCGAGCGGCCUAUGCUUGAGAUUUUAAACAACCACAUGGCAGCGAACGGGUUCAGCGGCCCCUUGCUUAGUGAUAAAUACGUUGAUUAUCCGGUGGUGACGACAAAGAGGGCUCUGAUGGAGGGACUGAAACACCACAUCGCACGAUUUGCAUCGAAGAAGAGCGUCGACCCUCGUGACGAAUCACAAUUCACUCGACCAGUCCGACUUCACCGCCGCGACCCACGUUCGCGAACUCAUGAUCCAAACUCGGGAAGGUCCGAGAUCGAUGGCCAGCCAAUGGAUGAAGCCGAACGCGAAGCAUUUGAUGCUCGCAAGGCAGCACGCGAAAAGGAACGUGCCGAGAACCUUUCCCAAAUUGCUCCCGCCCUUGGCUCAACCUCGAAAAGACCAAAUGCACCAAAGCAGAAGACGCAGCAGGUUUUCAAGUCGGACAUGACCCCCGAGGAGAUCGCAAGAGCACGGAUCAAGUAUGAAGAAGCCCUGCCAUGGCAUCUGGAGGAUUUUGACAACCAGCACACCUGGGUUGGAAACUACGAAGCAGCUCUGUCAGAAACACAUGCGGUCUUUGUUCUUGAAAAUGGAAAGAUGAGAAUGAUCCCGGCCGAAAAGUGGUACAAGUUCAAUGCUAAGAGUAACUUUAAGGCUUUGACCAUUGACGAGGCCGAGAAAUUCAUGGCCAAGAGAGUGAAAGACCCUCGAUGGUUCAUGGAAAAACAGCAGCAGCUGGAGCAAGAAAAAGAAUUGGCAACAUAUGCCAAACAGCGCAAAGUCUACGCCGGUAAACAGGGCACAAAUAUCGGAAAUGGCGCGGGAUUGGAGGCCGGUGAAAUGGAUUUCGAAGAAGAUCGAUUUGCUGAUGACGAAGAGCACGAUGACCUCUUCAUUGAGGAUGAAGAUGCGAAGGAUGCCGAAAAGAGAAUUAAAGAGGAUCAGCUUAAGGCGAAUGUGUUCGAUCUCAAGGACGAGAAGGAGUAUGAUGCCGAAGAAAUGCGAGAGAAACGUGAAAGAGAGGCCCGGCGUGUGUUGGGCAAGGGUGUUCGCAAGGCUCUGAAGAAGAGAGAACGAAACUUUGAUUACAGCAGCGGCUCCGACGUCAACCCAUACACGGAUGAGGAGAGCUCCGACGACAGCGAAACCGAACGGGCCAAGGAGGAGGAACGGAAGAAGGCAGAAGAAGAAAAGAACCAGAAAGAAGCGCUCCUCUCCAAGGGAUCAAGUACCCCCUCCGGCCGACCCAAGCAUACAGACCCCUUGAAAAAAGCCUCAGCUGCUGGAUCUCGGAAAAGGCUUGGAUCACCAAACGCUUCUGAUGCGAGCGGCACCGACACAUCUCGAAAGAAGGUGAAAAGCAUGCAUCUCCCUGCGUCUCAACCCCCGUCGCGUCCGAUCUCUCCAUCCGCUUUGCAGGGCAAGAAACGUGUGCGAAACAUUACUGGUGGCGCUGGUUCUGGCAGUGAUGUCGACACUGGUGUCGGAUCUGGAGCUGAAAUGACCGAGGGUGGCAAGAUCAAGAAACUGAAACUCAACCCCCCUCCUUCGGUUUCUCGAGGUGGCACUCCACAAGGGUCUCGCGCCGCAAGUCCUUUGCCUAGACUCCCCGGAAGUCGCGCCAACAGCCCCGACGGCAUCAGAGGCCAUCGUGUGUCGACUCCUAUCUCUGGAAUCCAAACGUUCCCUACGGCCGGGGAAAUCCAUGCGGCCAUCCCAGCAUCUGGCAUUCUGAGCAGCGACCUCUUGAAAGUUUUCCGUCCUCGUAUUGGCGAAUCCAAGGAGAACCACCGGAGAUUCAUUGCCAUUGUCAAGGAUGUCAGUGUUUACGGAAAAGAAGAUCGGAUGCUGCGACCAGGUCCCUGGAAGGGGAACUGA